GCCAUGUCUUCUCACAAGACUUUCAGAAUCAAGCGAUUCCUGGCCAAGAAACAAAAGCAGAAUUGUCCUAUUCCCCAGUGGAUUCGGAUGAAAACUGGUAAUAAAAUCAGGUACAACUCCAAGAGGAGACACUGGAGAAGAACCAAGCUGGGUCUAUGAGGAAGCAUCGCACAUCAUGAAAUAGCAAACAUAGUUGGCACACAUA